CUGGAAGACCCCUCUGUGUUCCCAGCUGUGAUCGUGGAGCAGGUACCCUACCCUGAUUUACUGCAUCUGUACUCGGGACUGGAGUUGGACGACCACAAUGGCAUCAUAACAGACGGGACCUUGUGCAUGACGCAGGAUCAGAUCCUGGAAGGCAGUUUUUUGCUGACAGAUGACAAUGAGGCCACCUCGCACACCAUGUCAACCGCAGAAGUCUUGCUCAAUAUGGAGUCUCCCAGCGAUAUCCUGGAUGAGAAGCAAAUCUUCAAUACCUCCGAAAUGCUUCCAGACUCAGACCCUGUACCAGCCAUCACUCUGCCCAACUACCUGUUUCCUGCCUCUGAGCCUGAUGCCCUGAACAGGGCAGGUGACACUAGUGACCAGGAGGGGCAUUCUCUGGAGGAGAAGGCCUCCAGAGAGGAAAGUGCCAAGAAGACUGGGAAAUCAAAGAAGAGAAUCCGGAAGACCAAGGGCAACCGAAGUACCUCACCUGUCACUGACCCCAGCAUCCCCAUUAGGAAGAAAUCAAAGGAUGGCAAAGGCAGCACCAUCUAUCUGUGGGAGUUCCUCCUGGCGCUUCUGCAAGACAGAAACACCUGUCCCAAGUACAUCAAGUGGACCCAGCGAGAGAAAGGCAUCUUCAAACUGGUGGACUCCAAAGCUGUGUCCAAGCUGUGGGGGAAGCAGAAAAACAAGCCUGACAUGAACUAUGAGACAAUGGGGCGGGCGCUAAGAUACUACUACCAAAGAGGUAUCCUGGCCAAAGUGGAAGGGCAGAGGCUGGUGUACCAGUUUAAGGAGAUGCCCAAGGACCUGGUGGUCAUUGAAGAUGAGGACGAGAGCAGCGAAGCCACAGCAGCCCCUCCUCAGGCCUCCACGGCCUCUGCGGCCUCCGCCAGUACCACCCGGAGAACCAGCUAGGGUCUCAUCCAGAUCUGCCCCCCAGGUCAAGGGCAGCUCUUCUUGGGAGAAGCCAAAAAUUCAGCAUGUCGGUCUCCAGCCAUCUGCGAGUCUGGAAUUGGGACUGUC